GCUUUUUCUCUUUUCUUCUGCAUUCUCUCCUCUGGGGACAGCAGGUGGGAGCUUUCUAAGCCAGACAAAGGAGACCUGACAAGAAACUGUGGUGAAGGGACCAGCCCAAGGCAAAGGAAUGUCCGGUCAUCUCCUCCCCUGGAGCAGGCAGCUGAGAUCUGCAUAGACAGGAGACAUUUUGCAAGACUCAACACCUGGAGCAGUGCUAACCAGGUGGGCAGCCCUGAUGUCGGCCAAGCUCUACGUGCUCAUCAGCUGGCCUGAUGGCAGCCGUGUCAUCAGCAUGGAGAACAUCAAGGAGCCCCGCAAGCCCUUCCAUCUCUAUGCUGUGGGUGAGCAGGUGCUGGCACGCUGCCCCGGCUUCAGUGGGCUCUACUGGGGCAUUGUGGAAGGCAUAAGUGAGCAUAAAGAUGUGUUGGAGAAGAAGCUGCUGGAAGAUAGACAACUCCUGGAGAAGUUAAAAGAUGAACCAGCUGUCCACAGCGUGAUGCCACCCCAGCCAAAAAAGUCCAGGAAAACCUUCCCAAAAUGGACCCCAGUGAAUGCAUGCAGGAAAUACCACGCUGACAGGACUUACUCUGGGAAGCCACUGCUGCAGGCAGCUGAGCCCAGCCUGCCCUGCAGUGCUGGCAGCCCCUCCAUCACCAAGGAAAGAUGUACCCUGGGGCCACCCCAUCCUACCAGCACUUUCACUCCCCCAGCUGCUUUCGUCAGCCUGGCUGUGCCAGGGACUUCCCAGGGUGAGGAGGACAGAGCUGACACCGCUACCAAAGAUUACGUUACCCUGGCAAUGAAGAGGAAGUCAGAUGGCAUCUUGUCCCAAUGCCAGCAACACAUCUGUCUGAACAGCUGUGAAGAAGGAAAGCUGGACGCUUUGCAGGAGAUGGAUGGCUUUGAGAGAGUUCAGAAAAAAUUUGCUCCCGGUGAGAUGGAAAGAGAGAAGAUAGAGCAGCUGGAAAGGAUGGUCUUGGACCUCCAACAGGACGUCCUCUCUCUGAAGAAGAAGGUACAGAGGCUGGAAUCCCUGUCCUUCCAGGAGGAGCCCCACCGGCAGCCCUGCGAGGUGGUAGAGCUCUUCAAUGGCUACACCAAGGAACAGCUCCGAGAAGCAAUCCGCUUUGACCAGAAGAUCAGCACUGCCUGCAAGACGCUGCUCUACAAGCUCUUCACGUCUGACUACAUCCAGAGCCACUCCAUCACGGGGCGCAGAGGCAACACUUUCCGAGAGGCGAAGCCCAUGAUGGAUGAGCGCUGCAUCAAAAUCAUCAGGGUGCUGCUGAAACAGAAGUUUGGGGACCACCUCAGUGACACGGUGAUCACAGAGAAGAUACAAAACGUGCAGAAAGCUCUGAGGCAGAAGUUUAAGACAGAAUGUCUCUGA